AUGUCCGCCCAAGUUCUGGGAUUUUUACGCCACUGCUCCCCUUUCCCCGCGGCGGCCCCGCGCGGCCCCGCGCCGGGCGGGGGCGGAGCGGGUUCCGGAGGCGCCUCUGGCCCGGCCUGGGGCGGGGAGCACAAAGCGCACAGCCAGCCCCGCGAAGCCUGCCUGGGCAGCUGCGAUAAGGAGCUGAAGACAGGCCUGGCGGCCGAGGGCAGCGCCCCGCCAGCGCCGAGGACCCCCUGGCAGAUGGAGGCGGGGGUCGCGGCCAUGGAUACAGUCCGUGGUCCCCAGGAUCCCAUCCCGGAUCCCUUCCGGGCACUGGUGCUGCUGAACCCCAGAAGCGGCAAGGGCAAGGCUCAGCAGCUCUUCUGGAGCCACGUGCAGCCCCUGCUGGUCCAGGCCAACGUGUCCUUCAGACUGAUGCUCACAGAGCGGAGGAACCAUGCUAGGGAGCUGGUUCGGACGGAGGACCUGAGUCUGUGGGACGUCCUGGUGGUCAUGUCUGGGGAUGGGCUGAUGCACGAGGUGGUCAACGGGCUCAUGGAGCGGCCUGACUGGCAGACGGCCAUCCGGAAGCCACUGUGUAGCCUCCCCGCCGGCUCUGCCAAUGCACUGGCAGCCUCCGUGAACUAUUAUUCAGGGCACGAGCAGGUGAUGAACGAGGAGCUGCUGACCAAUUGCACACUGCUGCUGUGCCACCGGCUGCUGUCACCCAUGAACCUGCUGUCACUGCACACGGCCUCGGGCCUGCACCUCUUCUCCGUGCUCAGCCUGGCCUGGGGCUUCGUGGCUGACGUGGACCUGGAGAGCGAGAAGUACCGGAGCCUCGGGACCAUCCGCUUUACCGUGGGGACCUUCCUGCGCCUGGCCUCCCUGCGCAUCUACCAGGGCCGGCUGGCCUACCUGCCCGCCCGAGGGGCCAUCUCUGGAAUGCCAACCUCCCCUGGCCCAGACACGAGAGGCCUCGCCAGCACAUUCCUGGCGCCUCUGGACAAGCCGGUGCCCGCUCACUGGACCGUGGUGCCUGAGCAGGAGUUCGUCCUGGUGGUGGUACUGCUGCACUCCCACCUGGGGAGCGACAUGUUUGCGGCACCCAUGGGCCGCUGCGACACUGGGGUCAUGCACCUGUUCUACGUGCGGGCUGGCGUGUCCCGGGCCGCACUGCUGCGCCUCUUCCUGGCCAUGGAGAAGGGCAGGCACAUGGAGUACAACUGCCCCUAUCUGGUGUAUGUGCCUGUGGUCGCCUUCCGCCUGGAGCCCCAGGCUGGCGUGUUCACUGUGGACGGGGAGUUGAUGGCCAGCGAGGCCAUCCAGGGCCAGAUCCACCCAUACUCUUACUGGUUGGUGAGCGGCUGCUCGCAAUCCUUGUCCAGCCAGGCACCUCUGCCGGUGCCGCCGCCACAAAGGCCGUCGUGA